GUCCUUCAGCCACCUCCGACUUCAGCAUCUCAUUCUCGCCUCCCACUCCCAUCUCGACCGCGCAUUUGACCAACAUGCCGACCAAGCAGGAGCUGCUCGAACAAGCCACCAAGGCGUCCCCUGCCCAGGCAGAGGCGCUCUACAAAGAGAUCAUCACAUCACCCAUUUCAGAUCAUGCGGACGUCCCACAGCGAGAGGCUGAGCUCCGGCAGCAGGAGGCGGCACUGGUGAAGCUAGCGGGAUUAUACCAGACUCAGAAGAACGCGAAAGGAGUUGCUGAGGUCAUCACACUCUCGCGCUCGUUUGUCUCUACAACGGCGAAGGCAAAGACUGCCAAACUGAUCCGGACUGUGCUCGACUGUUUCAACGCCAUCCCUGACAGCCAGCAGAUACAGAUAGAUGUUCUGCGAGAGAACAUCGACUGGGCGCAGCGGGAGAAGCGGAUAUUCCUGAAGCACAGUCUGGAGACACGGCUAGUCGGACUCCAACUAGAGACAUCGCAGUACAAGCCCGCGCUCAGCCUCAUCGAGACCUUGCUCACGGAGCUGAAGCGGUUAGACGACAAGAUGAUCCUCACGGAGGUACACCUGCUCGAGAGCAGAGUGUACCGCGGUAUUGGCAACCUUGCGAAGGCAAAGGCUGCCCUCACUUCUGCGCGGACAGCGGCGAACGCCAUCUACUGCCCACCACAUCUCCAGGCACGGCUCGAUCUCCAGUCCGGUAUCCUUCACGCAGAGGACAAGGACUACACCACCGCAUACUCCUACUUCUACGAGACGUUUGAGAAUCUCAGCUCGCAGGACGACCCUGGCGCGCUCGGCGCUCUCAAGUACAUGCUCCUCUGCAAGAUCAUGCUGAACUUGCCUGAAGACGUGACGGCGCUACUGAGCGUGAAGUUCGCGGCGAAGUAUGCGCAACUCAGGGACGUAGAGAGUAUGCGUGCCGUCGCGCGCGCACAUCAGCAGCGCAACCUCGCAGAGUUCGAGAAAGCUCUGAAAGACUACCAACAAGAACUGUCAAGCGACCCCACAAUCCGGACACAUCUCAGCGCAUUGUACGACAAGCUGCUGGAGCAGAACCUCCUGCGGAUCGUCGAGCCGUACAGCGUCGUGGAGGUGGAGUACGUCGCACAGCAGGUCGGCCAGGGCCGGCAGGCGGUGGAGAUCAAGCUCUCGCAGAUGAUCCUGGACAAGGUUUUUCACGGCGUGCUGGACCAGGGCAGGGGUUGCCUGAUCGUCUUCGAGGAGGCAGAGGCAGACAACACGUAUGGGGCGGCGAUUGAGACGCUUGAGCAGGUUGGAAAGGUAGUGGACUCGCUGUAUGCAAAGACUGUAAAAAUCGCAUAAAGUGUGUAGUAGGUUGUUGUGUAUUGCAUCUUUUCUACGCUA